CCAGCUAGUAUACCAUACCAAAAGGAAAAGCGAAAAAACCCACCGCGGGGCAGAAGCAGAACAUCCGUCGUCGUCCUGCCUCGAGCUCUCUGCCCCAUCUUUACAAACCACCGUCCGCACUCCGCACCAUCCCUUCCGGUUAAACCCCGCAAUCAAUUCACUCGCUACUGCACCCCCACCCCACCUCUCCGUCCCUCUCCACCACCUUUCCCCUUCUCAUUCUCUCUCUCCCAAGAAGGCAAAGCUAGAAGCACCCAUGGGCACGCUGCCCCGCCGCCGCGCCCUCUUCUCCCUCGCCCUCCUCCUCCUCGCCGCCGCGGCCUCCGGCGCGGCGGCGGCGCCCAGGCUGUCGCCCAACUACUACCGCCGCAGCUGCCCGCGCGUGGAGCGGAUCGUGUCCGACGUCAUUGCCGCCAAGCAGCGCGCCAACCCGUCCACCGCCGCCGGCACGCUCCGGCUCUUCUUCCACGACUGCUUCGUCAACGGCUGCGACGCCUCCGUCCUCAUCUCCCCGCUCUCCUCCGACGCCACCCCCGAGCGCGCCGCCGACAUCAACCUCUCCCUCCCGGGCGAUGCCUUCGACGCCGUCGACCGCGCCAAGGUCGCGCUGGAGGCCGCCUGCCCUGGCGUCGUCUCCUGCGCCGACAUCCUCGCGCUCGCGGCGCGGGACCUCGUGGGCAUCCUGGGCGGGCCGCGGUUCCCCGUCGCGCUGGGCCGCCGCGACUCCGCCCGCUCCGACGCGCGCGACGUGGAGGGGAACCUGCCCCGCACUAACAUGUCGGCGCGCGCCAUGGCGCGGCUCUUCGCGAGCAAGGGGCUCUCACCGCGGGAGAUGGUCGCGCUCGCCGGCGCGCACACCGUCGGCUUCUCCCACUGCGCCGAGUUCGCGCACCGCCUGUACAACUACAGGAGCGCGGAUGGGUACGACCCGCGGCUGAACCCGGAGUUCGCGCGCGCGCUGCAGCGGUCCUGCGCGGGCUACCGGGGCGACCCCACAGUGUCCAUCUUCAACGACGUGGUGACGCCCCGGGACUUCGACGAGGCGUACUACAAGAACCUGCCCCGCGGGCUGGGCCUGCUCGCCUCCGACGCCGCGCUGUGGGAGUACCCGCCCACCAGGGUGUUUGUCCAGCGGUACGCGGACAACCGCACGGCCUUCUUCGAGGACUUCGCCGCGGGGAUGCAGAGGCUCGGCGCCGUCGGCGUCAAGACCGGGCGGCAGGGAGUCGUCAGGCGGCGCUGCGACGCCCUCGACUGAUCCGACCGUUGCUUGCUGUGUACUAGUAGCAUUCGAUUGGUGCGUGCUAGCAAGGGUUCGAUAAUUUAGGACUGGAUUUGGGGAGUAGCUGCUCCGAACUUCACAAAUGGUGCGUUCGAGUUUUGAGCUUUGAGAUACAGAGUGAAAAAUGUGCACUGAAGAGCAGCUGGCUCAGAUGUUUCUUUCUUGUUUUGUCUCCUGCCACACCAUUAUGGCGUUUACAGUGGCAUCGUUAUCAUUGCUGAUCACC